UAGAACAAGGCCCUGGGGGUUGCCGAGGUCAUAAUCGAUGAUGGAAAGCCAAGAAGAGGAAGGUGGCAUAUCAGAGGGGCAGCUGAAAAUUGUUCUUGUUGGAGACUCAGGCUCUGGAAAAACGGCGCUAUGCUGCCGGUACACCCAGGACACGUUCAGCCCGGUACACUCGUACACGUCGGGCGUGGAGUUCUACCUGAAGCGGAUCCGCCUGACACAGGAACGCUCAGUGACCCUGCAGCUCUGGGAUGUCGGCGGCACCUCUCUCUCUGGGGGCAUGCUCGACAAAUAUUUGUACGGCGCCCACCUGGCGUUGUUUGUGUACGAUGUGAGCAACUACACGUCGUUUGAGAACCUGGAGACGUGGCUGAUGGCGGUCACGGAGGCGACACGCCACCAGAGCCGGCCGCUCCGCCGCAUCCUUAUCGCCAACAAAUGUGAGUGGACCGAGGCGCGAGAGCGAAGGAACCCUCGCAUGGCGGGCCGGGCGCCGUCGGUGGCGCUCCGGGGCGGUUUUGUGGGGAGGCAUUCCGCCCUGGAGCACAUCCGAGCGGUGCGCGUCGACAAGCACAAGAGCUUCGCGGCCGAGCAUGACAUGCUGGCCUUCCUGGUCUCUGCGCAGAGUGGCGAACACGUGGCCCAGGUGUUCCAGCACCUGGCGGCUGUGACGCUGGGCGCGCGCCUCACCCGGGCCGACAUGGAGCACGUGACGCCGGUGGUGCGCGCCCAGAUCGCCAAGCCGCGGCCCGAGACGGCGCUGCCCCGGCCGCCCACCGCCAGCAAGAUGCGCGUGUCGUCCGAGCUCUGCUGCCUGCAAUAGGCCGGCCGACUGGCGCCCCGGCGGGGGAGGUGGCCUGCUGGGCCGUGCGCGUGCUCCACUCCGUUCCGGGUCCCGCUGUUUCGCGGGAAGGCGUCGCGGUGCGGCGGCGGGGCGCGUCCCACCGAAACGUCGCGUCAGGAGCAGAGGGGCCGUUGCAGAAGGCCCAGGUUCCGCCGGCGACUGCUGCUCGCUGCAGCGAAGACCGCUACGACCGGGAAGGGCGCUCGCCGGCGGGUGUGUGUCCAGUGCGGAGGCCGGCCGGCGUCGUAACGUGU